UGAGAAUAAAUGAAUAUUGAAAUAGAAUACAUUUUUAUUGAAAGGAAUAUUUACAGUCUACAAAAUAAGCGCACCGAUCGUCCUACCUGCUUACCGAAAUAUUCACUUUAAAACCUGCUCUUCUUACUUUUCCCCGCAGACCUACUGAAAUAAAAACACGAAAAUUUGGUUCUAUAAACAUAAAAAAUAAUUUUUAAUUUCUACAACUGUUGGAAAAAUGAUCGCUUAUCCACAAAAAAGGGCAACUAUAAUAGGCUUUUACAAAAAAAUACUGCUUAAAGGUAAUUGGUCCUGUUAUAAUCACCACCGUUAACAGAUUUUUCAAAGUGCCAAUUAUCUUUUCAGUAAUGCUUGUUAUGUCAAUUUUAAAAAAAUAUUGUCAACAUUUUAAUUGAUUCUGCGUUUAUACAGUAUUAUCGAUCAAACUAAGGAAUUUUAUUUGAAAUUCCAAGAGUAAAAUGGUUAGUCGUAUCGAAAGAAAUAUAGUUAAAGAAAUUUUGCGGGAAUGUCAACCAAAAAAUUUACAUCCAAAUGAAGAUUUUGUAACGUAUUAUUUGAAAUUACUUCUAUUAGAUCCAAAUUGGGGUAUCACAGAAAAUUUAUUGAACAGUAGAGCAAACGUACAAACAUUGGUUAAACAUGUUAUUUCUGAAUUAGAAUCAAAGGAUUCGGUGAAAAUGAUGACAUUAAAGAUGCAAUUUUAUUUUAUGUGGAGUUUGGAUCACAUAAAUAAUAUCAUUACAAAUACCAUUAAAACAUUAAUAAACCGUCUGACACCUUUAAAAGAACAAAUCAUGAUUUCAACCAUUGUUGACGAUUCUCUUGAUGUGGAAAAACUGAGACGAGUCCUCGUAAUGUAUAUGGUUUUUAAAUCUGGUUUGGGAAAUCCUACACAUCCUGAAGUUUACAGUGAAGGUGUAGCAGCAUUAAAAAGUAUUAUAAGCGAAGAAGAACUAAAGGAAUUUUCAUAUGGAACUAGAGCCGCAAAAGAAGAGCAUCUAAACGAAAUGACUAAAUUAAUUACAGGAAUUCGAUUAUUUAACAAAUAUUGCCAAAGAGGAGGGGCGGAAAUUCCUGAUUUGGCCGACUUAUAUAGAAAUGCUUCAAAGGUAAUUAAAGAUGAAAUAUCUACAAGUCUGACGGAUGCUUUAGAUCACGUAACAUUUCGAACAUCGCUCCUUGAAAAAUGUUAUGGUUUAAGAGAAUCCGUUGAUGGUUAUUAUUUUGAAUAUAUUUCCAUUCCUAAAGGAGGUAGAGAGUUGUUGGAAAAUGCCAAAGAUGAAUUAAUCCAUUACAGACAAUAUGAGCUAUUUAUAAGGAAAAUAUUGAAAUGCCUUGAAGUAGUAGACGCUGAAGUUGAACAAACUGACCAUGAAAUUUCAGCUUUAAUGGAAAAAAUUAUUGUAAUAGUUCGUGCACGUUUGGCAGUUCCAGUUUACAUAAUAUUUCCUUUAUUCGAACAAAUUGCUGAUUAUUUUAUUAUAAUUCAACAGCAAGUUUUACUAUUAGCAAGAUAUAGUACUAUAUUAAAUAAUAUGAAAACAUACUGUAAACAAAUGAGAGUAGACUAUACACUUUUUGAUGAAUUGAUUAAUGUGAGUACGGUUUUCGAACCAACUCGAGAAACGUUUAAUAAAUUGUUAGAUUCCGAAAACCCAACAGUUGAAAUGUUUCAAGCGAAUGAACUUGAAAAUGAACCACAUAUUAAUCUGCAGUAUUUGGGUUUCUGCAGCUGGAGAUUAGUGAAUACAAAUGGUUUCUUAGUGCAAGGAAAUCCUCGACUUGGCAUUGCUAAAUUCCGAGACGACUAUUUUGUUUUUUCUUCAUAUGAAGCUGGUAAAGACUUUUCGAAAAAACCCAAAGAAUACUUGAAGAAGGUGUUAGCUUUAGCAAGAACAAAACCUCAGUUGAUUAAUUUCCUACUACUGCAAAAUCAACUAGUCGAAGUUUCCGAAAUAAAAACAUUAGUUAAAGUAAAAGUAAAAGUGAAAAAAAAUGCAGAUAAAGGUGUUCAAUCGGAAGAUGAUUAUGUAAUACCACCAUAUAAAGAAAAAUCUAUUUCAUGGAAUAUCUGGGAUAUUAAACGAAAUGUCUUGCAAUUGGCUCAUCUUACAAAAUGCAAAACGACUGGAACGCAAACUAUAAAAUCUCACAGCUCCAAUCCGAUAAGAACGCAAACAAUUAUUCUAAAAGAACAAGAAACGCAAACUCGCGUCGAUAACUAUACCAGCGUACCUUCUCCUUUAACCUUCAUUUAUGGAUUAAGAGGCAGAAAGGAUGAUAAGCAGUUCGUUAUUGAUCUUACAAGACCAAUACAAGAAUAAAGAGCAAUACAAUAAUUUUAGACAAUAUUUUUAAUACAAUAUUUAUGUAUAUGUCUAGGUAAAAUUAAAGAGGGAAAAAUA